CGCCACACCCUUCGGAUGUUCUCCUCCUUUACUACCACCAACCCGUACUUGAUGUAUAAUCUGAUACAUAAUGGAAGUUCUUUGGAUGACAUCGAUAUAACAAGCGCUAUACACUAUUUUGACCCGGCCAAGGAAGAUGAAGUUAUUGUCCGAGACAGGGCCUUUCCCAUGGAGUUGCGUAAUACGAGUCUGGUUGGAAUGUCCCAUGGAUGGGGAGUUUUCAAUGUGGAGACUGGUGAUGGUAGACAUAAAGCCGUUUAUGUUAGCGACUUCUGCAAUCCUUGUGGCUCCAAAACAAAUCCCAAAAUCAUUCCUUUGCAUCCCAUGCAUCCCAUUGGUAAACCUAAUAUUACCCAAUUACGCCUCAUCACUAAUGCUGCAAUGACUUGUUCACCUGAUCAAAGUAAAGAUUUUGUAGUAGCUGCCAAUUGUUUAGGACUUGAGAUCCAUUUCUUUAGGCCUUGUGGCAAAACCAAGAACUACUCUGGUUUAGGCUUUAAAACCGAAUCCCACUAUUUUGAUCAGUCAAAGGUUAUGUAUUCAAAGAAAGAUCAAAAGUUCUACACUCCUAGUGUUGGAGGCCACUUGUUGGGUUUCUGGGAUUCUUGCUUCGAGGAUUUGACUGCCUCCAAGAUGCAUGAGUUGCGGUUUUGCAACCUUCCUGAGGUGACCCAGUCCGAGUGGGAGCUCUUGGACUCAUGUCCUCCGCCGACUGUACACCUUGUGGAGUCUCCCUCAGGACAGCGUUUCCUAAUCAAGUGGUAUGCUCAGAACUACCAACCGGGCGAGAGGAUGACAUUCUUGUGUCGUGGAACAAAGCAUUUCAUGGUGUUUAGAGAGGAGGAAGAUAUGAACAUGUGUUACACGGAGGACAUUGGAGAUCUCUGCAUAUUCCUCGGCAGAAGUGAGCCCUUCUGUGUCAAGGCAAGCUCAUUCCCUGGCCUAAAUCCUAACUCCAUCUAUUUUGCAGGCGAUGGCUUUGGUGUUUACGAUAUCGCCAGUAGAAAACCACGUUCCUUCUGUCCCAAGUCUCCCUCAGCCUUCUCAACAACACCACUCUUCCCUUACUGGAUCCCUCCAAUGUCUCUCUAGUUACUAGGCAAACUUCACUAGUUAUUCUCUUCUUGUGAGUGUCAUUCGAGUUAAAUCAUGAGUCAUAAUUACGUUAUUUUCAUAAUAUGAUCGAAUUUGAGUAUUUUAGGUGGUGGAUCCAAUAUAGAAUCCAGUUUCUCGUUUCACUUUGUGUUAUGUAAACUCAAAAGAAACUAAUGAAGACAUGUUCCAUUGUUUUAGCAUCACAACUCACAAGCCACACACUGAAACAAGACGAGAAAAGAAGAAGCCAGAAGCAGCUACCUCUCAGACACAAAGGAUUCUUAUUACAUACAUAAUGCAUUUCCUUGUAUAUACAACUAUUUCAGCUCUCUAAGACGUUUAAAUUGGCGAGUCACUCACAAUUUUCAUGGUUUUGAAUUGUGAGCUUCUUCCAUAGCUUAAUGGAGUUGAUUAGGAAGUUCAUCAUUCCGCUGCACUGAUGAAACAAGCACAGUAGGCAACUCCAUCAACCAGAUGAAAUGAAAAUAUAGAAUCUGCAGGGCCUUUGUAUUUUCUACUCAGAAUUGCAACACAUACCGGGAAAACGUAAGAAGAUGAGUCAUUCUGUUCCUCUUGAGCUAGGCUUAGUGAUGUUGCAGGCUGUGAUAAUGUAUCAGCAGACUGACAAGAGCUGGUAUCCAAGGAAGGUGCCCUCUCGUUUUCUACAUUCAAACUUUGAAUCGGAUCGGUGCUUGUUUGUGGCAAUACAAGCCGCUGAAACUCAGACAAGAGCGCAGAGAGAGCUCGAAUUUCAUCCAUUCUUGCUUCCCUACAUUGAUCAGGAAAAAUCAGCAAUAAGCAGCAUCCAGCAAUUCUGCAUCUCUUUCUGAAAAAAGAAACCAAAACCUUGUAUGGAUAAGGUUUCCUUUGCAAGUGAACUGUAUUUGACAAGUAGCAGACGCUUGUUUGCAGACAAAUUUUGCUUUCCUAGACUUAAGAUCCUCCAUUUUCCUGCAAAAAGUUAACAAGACGGGCUUAGCGAGCAAACAGGAGAUUCAAAAAGAUGGUCAUGCCUAAUCUCAAAGAGCCAAUGCGAUACAUGGAAUAGUGUUUAUCUGCAGCUGCUCCCAUAACAAACUUCCUGAUCCUAUGCUGAUGUAUCAUUUCCACAAUCCCUUUCUCAACUGAGUCCAUUUCAAAACACAGUAUCUCUGCCUGUACCUACAGAAACCAACCUUCUUUCUUUAAAAAAUGGUGAAAACAGAGUUGACAUUAAUAUCAUCUGUGUUCACAUCACAUCACAUACAUACCCCUUUUCUCAGACAUAUACUAAGGUACUCUUGUAGAAUCUUGUCUGUUUUGGCUGUUUCUAUGCCUCUAUACGCUCUCACUGAUACAUCAUCUGCCGUCGAAGCUUCGAAUUUGGUACCCACUUUGCAUCAAAAGUGAGAAGAGUAAAGUCAAAACCUUUAAAGCCUGCGUGAUCUAACGAGAGACUCUUGGAAAGGCAAAACACUUACACACAGGAAUCAUUGGAGAUGGCUGGUGAAUAUGAAGGAUGCAGAUUUUGUUUCCCUCGGAGUUUUGUAACGCCCAGAGGAGAUUUGAUGUGUUCUUCGAUACAUUUCUCCCAACUGCGACGUAGAUUUUCUCUUCGAGAAUCCGUGAACUGACUGUUUCCUCCAUAGCCUGAGAACUAAGAAUUUUCUCUGGAAAACGAAGAGGCAGGAUUUUGGAAGAGAGCCGUUUCUUGCAUCAGCAUUUGCUGGUUUACUUGGACAAGAAGACAUCCAAUGGCUGCACAUCUCACCAUUCUGGUAUCUCUGUUCCUUCGAAUAUUCCAUCAAUCUAUACAUAUUUUUUAUAUAUAUUGAAAAAGACU